AUGUCCGAAGACAGCAAGGCCCAAGGCCCCGGCCUCAGCUUUGCGGACAUUGCUGCGGGCAUCGUCGAAGACUGCCUGUACAACAUCAUCCACGACAUCGUGCUGCAGACGCACCGCGAGGAGAAGCUGCAGCGCAUGCAGUCGGCCGCGACAACGGCAGAGCAGGCGGCCAUAGCGGAGCACCAGGAGAACACGGACAAGGCCACGGCGAAGGGCACGUCGGCACCGCCGGUCGGGGGAGGAGGGGGCGGCGGAGACGCGGCGCCGGCGACGAGCGUGCGCAUCGACACGGGCGCGGCCGCCUACGACAACGGGCGGGUGACGCUGCGCGGCAACCCGCUCAAGACGGUGCCCGAGAUCGUGUGCCCGCACUGCAAGCUGCCGCGGCUCAAGCACCCCAUCGCGGGCGUCGGGUCGCGGCUGCCGGACCUGAGCAAGAACUACUGCACGCGCCACCCGUUCGUCAGCCGCCAGGGCCACGACAUCUACAACAACCCGUUCCCGACCGACAUGGCCAAGACGAAGAAGGAGCGCGAGCUGAUCAAGCGCCAGGAGAAGGACAACACGCCAUCGGCCGGCGGCGGCGGCAGCGCCGGCGGCGGCAGCCAGCAGGGGGACGACUCGCAGGAGAACAGCCUGUCGAAGCUCGCCGCGGGCGGCAAGCCGGCGUCGUACAUUCCCUGGCACACGUGCCCCAACUGCAAGCGCAGCCUGCUCAUCACCCGCUUCGCCCAGCACGCCGAAAAGUGCCUCGGCAUCUCCGGCCGCCAGAGCAGCCGCAACGCCAUGGCCAAGCUCAGCUCCUCGCAGGGCGCCGCCAGCGCCGCCGCGGGCAACACCCCGCUGGGCAGCAGGGUGGGCACGCCCAACCCGGGCAGCCAGGCCGGCAAGCUUGGCUCCUCCAGGAAGGAGGCGGCGGCGGCGGCAGCGGCGGCGGCGGCGGGCGAUGGCGAUGGCGACGACGAUGGCGGCGGCGAUACGCCCAAGAAGAUCAAGAAGAAGAGCAGCUACGUCAAGAAGGCCGACCGCGACCGGGGGGACCGCGACCGCGACCGCGAUCGUGACGGCGAUGGGGAGAGGCGCGAGAAGGGUGGCACGAAGAUCCUGAAGCUGAAGACGGGCGGCAGCGGCGGCGGCGGUGCCGGCGGCUCCUCGUCGAAACGGCCGCCCAAGGAAGACAGAGACAGGAAGGAGGGCACGCCGAUGAGCGGCGCCGGCGGUAGUAAAAGGGACAGGGAAAGGGACGGCGACGGCGGCGGCGACGAGCCGGUCCCGCGGAAGAAGCUCAAGCUGUUCAAGACGGAGAGCAACGCCAGCGACUUGACGGACAGGGACGCGAAGGAAUCGGUGUCGUCGUCGACGACGACGAAGAAGAAGCUGACGACCUCGAUGACGACGGCGGCGACGACGACGACGGAGGACCAGUCGGCUACGGCGGGGAGCCCGGCGAGCACGGCGAGCUGA